AAUAAAAAUGCAACUGUCUCGACUCCCAAGAAGAACCUCAGAAACGCGCUAUCUUUACUUAAACACGAAGCAUAUCCGACAACAAUAAGGGCACAAACGUAAAUCAACAUCGCGUACACCUUUUUCAAUUUCGUAUAACAAACCACUCCAUUCUCAUUUCUCCAUCAUCUUCAUAUCUUUGAGAAUCUUCCUGCAACAAAAAAGAGAUUAAUUUGAGAGCUUGAGAGAAAGAGAGUCAAAUGGGGUUGCUCUCAAACAGAGUCGAUAGAGAGAGCCUUAAACCAGGCGAUCACAUCUAUUCCUGGCGUAACGCUUAUAUCUAUGCACAUCACGGCAUUUAUGUGGGGAAUGAUAAAGUAAUUCAUUUCACCAGACGUGGUCAAGAAGUGGGCACAGGAACUGUGUUGGACCUCCUUUUGGUAAGCUCAGGUCCAACCCGAACUUAUGUUCCUUGUGAAACAUGCAUCCCGCCGCUAGAGGGCCAUGGGGUUGUCUCUUCAUGUUUAAAUUGUUUUCUUGGAGGAGGGAUCCUAUACCGUUUCGAGUAUGCAGUCAGCCACGCCCUCUUUCUUGCAAAAGCACGUGGUGGAACUUGCACACUCGCGGUCUCUGAUGAAGGGGAAGCUGUAGUCCAUCGGGCAAACUACCUGCUUAACAAUGGAUUUGGGUGCUACAAUGUAUUCAAGAACAACUGCGAAGAUUUUGCUAUUUAUUGCAAGACAGGUCAGCUUGUUCUGGAAAGCUCAAUGGGUCAGAGUGGUCAAGCAGUAUCUAUAAUUGGGGGUCCGCUUGCCGCAGUCCUGUCGACACCAUUACGCCUUGUUACUACGAACAUAUAUGGAAUGGCUGCGACUGCUGUAGGAAUGUACUGUGUCAGCCGCUAUGCUGCUGAUAUAGGCAUGAGAAAGGAUGUGGUGAAGGUUUCUGCAGAGGAUCUGACUAGGAGGCUUACUAUAGGCACGCUGCAGAUGAUCGAACCGAGUCUCCCAGCUUUGCCUUCUACAGUUAGCUAGGUAAUGCCAAUGCUUUCACCACUACUGUCGGCUGGUGAAUAAUUUGCUGUAAGAGGCAUUGUUUGUGUUAUUUAUCCGAGUUCUUAUGCUUGUGAUGUGGAUCUUUCAAUUUUAUUUUUAUAAAUGACGGCAUAAGGAGAGUCAUUAGCAUUUAGUAUUUCA